AUCAAGGGGAAAGCGGGGUCAGAGUGGUAGUCUGAGAAGAAUCCGACACCAGAUUCUGUGGCCUACAGGUGACAUGCUGCCUAAAAGGAGCAGGGGCCUGUGACAGCCACCCCAACACCUGAAGCCAUGACCAGCGGGGAAGAUGAGCCAAGGAACUGUGUGGUGUGCGGGGACAGAGCCACGGGCUACCACUUCCAUGCCCUGACUUGUGAGGGCUGCAAGGGUUUCUUCAGGCGAACAGUCAACAAAAGCACCGCUCUCACCUGUCCCUUUGUGGGAAGCUGUAAGGUCAGCAAGGCCCAGAGGCGCCACUGCCCAGCCUGCAGGUUGCAGAAGUGCCUAGAUGCUGGCAUGAAGAAAGACAGAGCCCUGGCAUUGCGGCGAGCAAGACAGGCCCAACGACGGGCACAGCAAGCGUCGAUGCAGCUGAGUAAGGAGCAGAAAGAGCUAGUCCAGACACUCCUGGGGGCCCACACCCGCCACGUGGGCCCCAUGUUUCACCAGUUUGUGCAGUUCAGGCCUCCAGCUCAUCUGUUCAUCCAUCACCAGCGCUUGCCCACCCUUGUCCCUGCACUAGCGCUGCUCACACACUUUGCAGACAUCAGUACUUUCAUGGUACAGCAAAUCAUCAAGUUCACCAAGGAUCUCCCUGUCUUUCGGUCCCUGCCCAUGGAGGACCAAAUCUCUCUUCUCAAAGGAGCAGCUAUAGAAAUCUGUCAUAUAGCACUCAAUACCACUUUCUGUCUCCAAACGCAAAACUUCCUCUGUGGACCUCUUCGCUACACAAUAGAAGAUGCAGUGCAUGCGGGGUUUCAGGAAGAGUUUUUGGAGUUGCUCUUUGGCUUCCAUAGGACAUUGCGGCGACUGCAGCUCCAGGAGCCCGAGUAUGUGCUCAUGGCUGCCAUGGCCCUCUUCUCUCCUGGUGAGUAUCCCCCAAAGCCCAAAAGCUUUUGUUCCACCACCUCUGCCCAAACUCCCAGCUCCCUGCAUCCACCCAUCCAAGCCUUAGUCUUCAAACCACUGGAAUGGGUCGAUCUCAGCCUUGGGUCCCCCCUGUGCAGGCUACCCACAACCCCCAACCUUGUCCUGCCCUACUCCCUAUCUUACAGACCGGCCUGGGGUAACCCGGAGGGAAGAGAUUGAUCAGUUGCAAGAGGAGAUGGCACUGACUCUGCAGAGAUACAUCAAAGGCCAGCAGCCAAGUCCCCGGGACCGGUAUGGUGGGACUGGAGGCUAUACCAGAGCAGGAACGGGUUAGGGAGACAUAGAACUCAG